UUUACACUUCCACUAAAGCAGCGGACUGCACGAGGCGGGGCCACAGGAGUCAACUGUCAUGGUCGAAGGUUCGAUGUGCUCCAGACUCCUACACCUAUCACACCGUUGUCUGGGGGGAAACACUUAACACUUCUCAGUGAGUUGCCCAUGUGUGUUUUUGUCGGUUUAGAGGAGCAGAGAGUAGGGCGGGAAGAUGAUGACAGCAGAGGAGGAUGACCCGCGAGGUGGAGACGAGCAGAGCGCCGCGCCCAGAGAAGGAGGGGGCGGGCGGGGCCGGGCCGGGAGCGUAGAGGGGGUAUCGCUCACGGAAAAUGAUGUCACUUCCUGUCCUGAGGAGCCAGUUACCGACGGCAACAAAGUGACUGCUCAUGAAGAGGGCGCUGGGGGAAUUCCCUUGCCCAGUGGUUGCCAGGUGGUUGUCACGGACAACCAGAGAUCAGCCAAGGAGAGAUUUCAGAGAGCCUGUCUGUGGAGCAUCACCAAGUACAAGAGCACCAGGCAGGUGUUGAAGGAGCGUAUGGGCCGGGCCUCUCGCACUGUGGACCAGGAGCUCCAGAACCACAUCCUGGUUCUCCAUGACGACCGGCAGCGCUACGAUCAUGUGACCCGCCUGGCCCAGACCCUUGCCCACCAGCUCAGCCAGCUCACAGUCACGCAAAGCAUGCUGGGAGACGCCUUCGCUGAGCUCAGUGUCCGCUCCCCAGAGCUACACGUGGAGUUCAGUGUGAAUGCAGACACCCAGAGGUUCCUCAGUAAGGGUGGAGAUGGUCUGGUGGGCUCCAUCACCUCCUUCAGCACUGAGAUGACCACGCUGGUCAACAAGACCAUAGAGGACACACUGGUCAACGUCAAGCAGUACGAAGCCGCCAGGGUGGAGUAUGAUGCAUAUCGGUGCGAUGUGGAGCAGGAAGCCCUGGCCCCCCAGAUGCCCCGGGGCCAGGCCAGGCUGGAGCAGGCCAGGAAGGCCCUCCAGAACCACCAGGACCAGUACCACCAGGCCAGAGAUGACCUGCAGGUCAAACUGCAGCUGCUGCAGGAGAACAAGGUGAAGGUGCUUCACAACCAGCUGGUGUUGCUCUACAGUGCCGUAGCCUCCUGUAACUCCUCCAGCCUCCUCCACCUCCAGCAGGGCAGCGCCCGCCUCUCCCUGCCCAGCCAGGUGGCUCCUUCCUGGCUAGAGCACAGUUGACAGCCCCCCUCCCCUCCUUUACCUUCACCAUCAUCACAGCCAUCAUCACCACUGUCACCACCACACCCUCCAGCUCACACUCCUGCUGGUUCACUUCUCACUGCAGCAGAAACUCUCUCCUUCUCUCACACUCCUUCUUUGCCUCUCACACUUUCUCUCUCCCUCUCUCUCCUUCCCACACUCCCUC